AUGGGCGACUGGGCCCGGGGAUGGACCAGAGUCGGGCAAACAGGUCCGACCCAGCACUAUGGUCGUGUAUGGGAGGCUGAGCGCGAGCUCCAGGAGCUUAGCAUCAUAGAAAGCUGGAAUGAUGAUGAUAGUUGGCCCGGCAUAAACAAACCGCUCUUCAAUGGCCCCGAUGCGAAGCGCUUCGACACAAAACUUGCUAAACUCGAAGAUCUGGGAUAUGGGGCAUUCGGUCGCGUCGAGAAGGUCUCUUACGGGUCUGUCUGUCUUGCACGUAAAAGGAUCCCACGGCGACGCGGGUUUACUAUCGACGAUUUGCGCAAGGAGAGCUUGACUAUGCAGAAACUCGACCAUCGCCAUGUCGUCAAAUUGGUUGCCACAUACGCACCUCGAACCCACGAAUUAUGCCUGCUCAUCUGGCCUGCUGCCGUCUGUAACUUGAGCACUCUCCUCGAAGACUUAGAAUACUUGCGCAUGGGAGAAGGGGAUCGUGAAGAUAUCCUCGAGAGGCUGGAUGCUUUAGACAUCAAGGAUUUAAGUGCCAUAGAGCAAUCAUCUGAAGAUCAGCUUCUCCACUCGACAACAAAAUGCCCACUCGAAUUCUUACGCAAUACAAUAGGUUGCAUUGCUCGCGCAUUGGCCUAUUGCCACCAGAAUGAUGUGAGGCAUCUCGAUAUCAAGCCAUCUAAUAUCCUGCUCAAGGCAGACCGAGUCUACCUUGCUGAUUUUGGCGUCUCGAGAGAUGUUAGUGGACAGGAUCAAACUAUGACAGAGGGAGUACCGGGAACUGAGAGAUGGCGAGCCCCCGAAUUGUAUGCCAACAACGGUUCUAGCAUGCAGUUGUCAGAUAUCUACUCACUUGGUUUAGUAUUUCUAAAUAUUGCAACCGUUCUGUAUAAUGUUCGGUUAUCCGAGUUUGACGAAGCGUUAAGAUACCCAUCCAGGAAUACCCAGGAAGAACAGCUUCGUGAGCGAGAGCAGAAGCUGAAUGCUCACUUGGAAAAGCUUACAUCUCAUGCCUUGGUCACCCCCCCUUUUAUGUUUACCUACGAGGGCCAAGAAACAGUUCGUCCCCGGCCAGUUGUCAACUUGAUUGCUCGGAUGAUCACACCAAACCCUAAAAACCGAUUACACGCAUACAAAAUCGAUGACAAACUAUCCAUGCUCGGAGGAAUUCAUCAAAUUUAUCAUGGAGAGUGUUGUAAAAGGCCAAUAUCGUGGGUCGAAGACAAGUGGGAUAAAAAGCUCACGACAUUGACCAGUCUUCGAAAAGAGAACGAUCGCUUGAAACAAAAGGUUGCUGAGCUCGAAGGACGAGACAGAACAUACGAAUCUCGAGUCCAGCGCGAGGUCGAGGAACAUAAGCAGGCUGUGGUCCUGCUUCAAAAGAAGCUAAAAGAUAUGGAGGAUAGGUGUCAUAUGUUAGAGGCAGAUAAUGCCAAAAGGAGGAGUAGCGCGAGUAAGCCCCCGAGCAAAAUGGCGAUGCCGCGACCCUACCGAAGCAGCACAACGAAUCUUGAAUCUGGGCCUGGGCUUGAGUCGUCACCAAAAUCGAAGUCGACGCCGGUUACGCCAGCGGCAAGGCCAGCCUUUCAGCCAUGGUCUCGGUCUUAUCAGCGUCUCCCACCAGAGCAGAGGGCUUCACCACUCCAAAGACAAAGAGUCUCACCGCGGCCCCCGAAUGACAUAACCCCCAGAGGUUCAAUCGAAUUUCCGACCUCGAGAUCGCCAAGUUUCACCAAUAUUUCGGGUUAUGCUUUGCGCUCGCGUGGAUCCGGCUCGAAGCUCCCCUUGCCAAUUACACCGUCUCGAAGUGACACGCCGAAUCUCAACCGUGACCAAAGCCUCACGGAUAGCAGCAUGUCCUCGUCAGUAUUCUCUCGACAUAGCAUCGAGACAAAUCCAACACCUCUGCAAAGCAGCCCAGCCCUGGACCGCAACCCGCUUCCUAUGGACUCUGCAAAAGGACCUCAAUGGGGCCAAUUGUCCAGGCAGCCUGAUCAACCCGAUGCGAGAGUAGUGACCCCUGAACCCCGGCCAGCGCCGUCAGAGCCGAGUAGUCCUGCCUUCUCAAUGCCAUUUUCCACCAUGUCAUCCCCGAGAACUCUUCGGUCCGACCUCGCGAGCAUCGACGGGGACCAGACACGCCGACCAUCUGUGCCCUCACUCCAAUCGUUAAAGAGCUGGGCUGAAGUCGCAAACGAGGGAAAAAAGACGUUGAAGAUGAUUACUCGACCACGCGCGCACUCGAAUAGGUCUAAUAGACAGCUGGAGGCAGAACCUGUCUAA